AUGUCUCUCCCACCGCCUACCCCAAUUCAACUUCGUAUUCCCCCAGAGAAUAUACUAUGCGGGAGUUUGCCAACGGAAAAACCGUAUCUCUACAUUCUCAAGAUGGAGGUGGAGAUUCAUUCAUGGGCGGUGUCCGGAACUGAUGGUGACCUUGAGGUUACCAUGGAAGGUACUGGAAAUAAAGAAUUUCUCUCUGUUCUUCGAGAAAUUGUUCGAAUUAACAAACCCAUUGUUCUUGCGCUUGUUGAAACGCACAUGGGAGGAGACCAUGCUGAUAGAGUUGCUACUAUUCUUGGGUAUAAUGGACAUACUCGUGUCGAUGCUCAAGGUUUUAGUGGAGGAAUAUGGGUGUAUUGGAAGCCGGAACUAGUCACAGUAGAUCCGAUUGAGCAAGCAAACCAAUAUAUCACAAUGCAAAUCACUAAGGUUGGUGAAGAACCUUGGUAUUUUUCUGCAAUAUAUACUAGCCCCGAUCCUUCAAAAAGAACGGAGCUAUGGGAUGCACCUUUGGACUUUGCUAAUAGAAACAAUAAACCUUGGUUCUUAGCGGGUGAUUUCAAUGAAACACGCUUUGGAUGGGAAAGAAAUUCUAGUUGCCCUGACACCUCUAGAAGAAGUCACAAAUUCAAUGCCUGGGUACAUGAAAAUAAUCUGAUUGAAAUUGAAUUUUCCGGCCCUGCUCACACAUGGGCUAGAGGAAAUUCAGUAGAAACAAGGAGUGCUAGACUUGAUUGUGCUCUGUGUUCGGGUGAAUGGCGUAUGCGUCUUGACAAAGCGCAAGUCAGACACUUACCUGCGUUACAAUCUGACCAUUGUCCGUUGUUUAUCUCGCCAAACGGUUUUGCUCCCUUGGAAGCAAUUAAUCGACCCUUUCGAUUUCAAGAUGCUUGGCUCACUCACGAGAAUUUUGGGGAGUUUAUUCAUAAAAAAUGGGACAAAUCAGCCCCAUUGAUGCCGCUGCUCAACUCUUUGUCAUUGGAGUUGCAAAAUUGGAACAAAGAAAUUUUCCAUAACAUCUUUCGUGAGAAGCGAUCUUUAAUAGCAAGAAUUGAUGGUGUUCAGAAGAAGCUUGCGUUUGAGAGGAACUCGGGUCUGAUCAAGUUGGAAUCGAAGCUCCGAAGAGAACUAGACACGGUACUUAAUCAAGAAGAGCUCCUUUAG